AUGUUGAUACCUGGACAGAAUAGUCAUGUCAGUGUGGGUAUUAAAGGUCCCACCCUGUGUCCCCAGCUCCGACCACGUACACAUGAUGUCCUGUUACCUGCUGGGGUCACCAAGGUGAUUUCACUGAGUGGGAAGAACCUACUUGUGCCACAGGCUGGCCAAGGUGAUUAUCAGUGUAAGAUAGGCACUAACACAGUCCCAGCUAUCAGACAGAAUGAUAGUGCCAUAGACUGCCAGAGCCACGCUUAUGUGUAUACAGACAUCACAGGCCAGGAGAUACAUGAAAUACAAGUAAUCUGGAAUAAUAACCAUGUGAUAGACCAACCCAUAGGCUCUCAAGUGAGUGCAAUCCUGUACAAGUGUAACAUCAUGGGCAGCACAUGUGGCACAUGUAUUGGUGGUGUGGAUGCACAGUUUGGCUGUGCUUUCUGUGGAGGGACGUGCAAGUAUCGCCCAACAUGUAGUGUGCCAGUUGAGAGCACUUGUCCUGAUGUCAUCAUUAACUGGGUAUCACCCUUGAGUGCCCCAGUUGAAGGUCACACCAAGGUCACCAUCAAUGGCACCAAUUUAGGCACUUCUGAUGCCAGUAUUCCCACUGUUAGACUGGCUGGGGUGGCCUGUAGACCUGUUGUAGAAGAUUAUGUGGUCUCAAAGAGAAUUGUGUGUACGGCAGCAGAAGCUCGAGGAAGGUUGCCCAGGAAUGGUUCCAUAGAGGUCCAGCUCCAGGGUUUAGGCAGGGUGUACAACUACUCCAAACAGUUCAGAUAUGUGGACCCCAAGCUGGGGGCAGUGUUCCCAGUGAAAGGCCCCAUGUCUGGUGGCACCAGGCUGACUGUGAGGGGGAAAGACCUGAAUGCUGGCAACCUGGACAAUAUCAGCCUUACCCUGGGGGAGGAAAUGUUGCCUUGUGUUGUAGAUAGAAGUGCCAUUGGUAGCCAUUCCACCAUUUGUAUCACCCCAGGGGUCAGUAGGCCAAAGGCCGUGACCUCUGUCAGGAUGUUCUUUGACGGCAGUGUAAGAUUGCUGGACCAGGACCCCUUCACAUACACUGAGGACCCUGUGGUGGAGAAAAUAAUGCCACUGACCAGUUUUGCCAGCGGAGGACGGAAUUUGACAGUCAUUGGGAAGAAUUUUGACUCAAUUCAACAGCCAAAGAUGUUUGUAUGGAAUGGAAAAGAAAAGUGGCACCCGACGAAUUGCCUCCAUCAACCAGAAAUGUCAGACACCGUAUUAACAUGUCCAUCGCCGAGCGCACCAGCCAGGAUUACCCCAUCGGUCCCCCUCACUUUAGGUUCCCUGCGGUUAAGGAGACAGCUGGACACCAAUGAUGCCGUGGAGAUCGGCUUUAUAAUGGAUGGAGUGGUAGCAGUGCAGAAAUUAACCAACAUAGCUUCAACUCUUCAAUAUGUUGUGGACCCGUUGUUCCAGAAUUUGACCAGCGACGGCUCUAGUGUGAAAUAUCAAAGUAACACCAACUUCGUAAUACGUGGAAAAUAUCUCAACCUUGCUGCAAGUGAAGCAGACGUGAUUGUUCUGAUCGGUGGAAAGAACUGUAACGUCACUGCUUUGACUCACAGCGUUCUCAUCUGCACACCGCCAUAUUUUGACUACGGAGAUAAAGUGGUGACAAUACAUAUGGGUAAUUUGGAGUACCGAGUGGGAUAUUUUAACUAUGGGGAUCUUCCAGUUAGUUUUAGCUGGGUAGCAGGUGUAAUUGUCGCUAUUGCUAUUCUGUCUGUCAUUGGAAUCGGUACCGGAGUCAUAGUCUAUAAAAGACGCGCAAAACCCACAGCUAGCAGUCACAAUGGCUCCAAUGCCACGGAGUACCUUGAUUUAAGCAGUCAGAUCACACUGCCACAUGCUGUCAAAACUUCAGAUGAUGCUUUGGCGCUGGUGAAGGAUGACGACUUAAAAGCUGCUUUAAAGCCCGUACUUUUGAGCAGAGAGAGGAUUAAACUUGGGAAGUUAUUAGGCACAGGGAAGGGUGCAGAUAUUCAGCACAUAGAUGAAUUCUUCACAGAAGCAGCUCUGAUGACGUCAUUUCGCCAUGAUCACGUGUUGGCACUACUCGGGAUUUGCUUUGAAGUCGACGGCAACCCUAUGAUUGUAUUACCAUAUAUGGCCAAUGGAGACCUUAAAACCUACCUCGAGGAUUCCACGAAUGCACCCACGGAACUGCAGCUGCUGCAGUUUGGUUUGGACGUAGCUUGGGGCAUGGAAUACCUUGCUGAGAACAAAUUUGUUCAUCGGGAUUUGGCUGCAAGAAACUGUAUGCUAGAUGACCAACUGCGCGCCAAGGUGGCCGAUUUUGGACUGACUCGCGACGUGUACACCACUGAAUACUACAGCUCCAGAGACAAGCAGGCCAAGUUGCCGGUGAAGUGGAUGGCACCAGAGUCCAUGGAGAGGGACGUUUACACAUUUAGUUCUGAUGUGUGGUCCUAUGGUGUCCUACUUUGGGAACUGUUCACUCGCGGUAAGGUGCCGUACCCUGGUGUAGACGAGUGGGAUGUUCUACAGUUCCUAAAACUUGGGAGAAGACUGGACAAACCCGACUACUGUCCUCAGCACGUGUACCAGCUGAUGCUGAAGUGCUGGUCGUGGGAGCCAGAGGAGCGACCAGACUUCACCUCUAUUGUAACACAAAUAGAGGAGACAGUGAAAAUCAACACGGAAUUUGGUGGAGAACCUUGGGACACAGGGGAGGAUGAUUACGACGCAUAUACUGAAAUGGACUAA